AUGCUUGUUAUCGGACUCACCGGAGGAAUUGCCAGUGGCAAAUCCACUGUCUCCAAGGACUUCAGAAAUCUCGGCUUGCUGGUAGUGGAUGCUGACGUCAUUGCUAGAGAAGUAGUAGAACCAGGCAAGAAAGCCUACAAACAAGUUGUGGAGGCGUUCCAGAAUGACGUUCCUGACUUGGUUCAUGAAGACAAGACUUUGAACAGGCCAGCAUUAGGGCGUGCUGUUUUCGGUAAGAAGGACAAAUUGGCCAUUUUGAACAAGAUUGUCCAUGGGGCAGUAAAGAAGGAGAUUGCAAGACAGUUGUUGACCUUGUACGCAAAAGGUCAUGGCCUGGUGGUGCUCGACGUACCGCUCUUGUAUGAGUCGGGUCUCCACUACAUCUGUGGAGCGACAGUGACUGUUUCAUGUCUGAAAGACCUCCAAUUAAAGAGACUAUUGGAAAGAAACCCAGAAUUAUCUGAGGACGAUUGCAGAAAACGAAUUGACAGCCAGCUCUCCUCAGAAGAGCGCAACAUCCGUGCUGAUAUCGUCAUUGAGAACAUCGGCACACUAGAAGAAUUACAUAGAAGGGUUACUGAGGUCACCAAAGAAUGUAUUCCUUCCAAAUUUUGGGUGGUUGCAGACUUGUUCCCUCCAUUUGGAGCCGCAAAUGCAGUGCUCACCAUCGCAUAUCGUGCCUUCCAAGACUAUCGUCGUGUUUCGCAAUUCAAAAAGUCAAAAUAA